GAGGCUUGCACCGCACACAAUCGCCCUCCCGGUGUACGGUGGCUGCUGAGGACCUUUAAUUUAUUUCACGGAAGGGCGCUUCUCCUAGUAGGUACCCAUAUUCCGUGAAUAUGUUUACAUUCAUGAACAGUUCAGACACUGAAGAGGAAGAGGACUGCAAUGAGAGAACAUCACUGAUUGCAUCUGAAAGUCCACCACUACCUUCUUAUCAACAAGGAGUACAGACAUCAUCAGAGGCUACAACUCAAAGGAAACGCUAUAGCAGCAGUGCUCAGGCUUUGAGUGAUGCAGCAAAUGGAGAGAUGUCCCGUCCCCCUGACAGACAGGUCCUAGUGGACAAUGAGGAAGAAGAACUGACUCUUAAAUAUGGUGCCAAGCAUGUCAUAAUGCUCUUUAUCCCAGUCACUCUCUGCAUGGUUGUCGUUGUAGCUACAAUUAAGUCUGUCAGCUUCUACACCGAAAAAAAUGGGCAAAAGCUCUAUCUGUCCCCAAAAAAGGAAGAUACAACUUCAGUUGGACAACGACUUCUGAAUUCUGUUCUGAAUACACUUAUAAUGAUAAGUGUUAUUCUUGUGAUGACAGUGUUUCUUGUUUUAUUAUACAAAUAUCGCUGCUAUAAGUUCAUUCAUGGAUGGCUGAUUCUUUCCUCUCUAAUGCUGCUGUUCAUGUUUACUUACAUAUACCUUGGAGAAGUUUUUAAAACCUACAAUGUAGCGAUGGACUAUCCAACAUUGAUCAUGAUUAUCUGGAAUUUUGGAGCUGUGGGGAUGAUCUGUAUUCAUUGGAAAGGGCCUCUCCAGUUACAGCAGGCUUAUCUUAUCAUGAUCAGUGCUCUUAUGGCUCUUGUGUUCAUCAAGUAUUUGCCUGAGUGGUCAGCCUGGGUAAUACUGGCAGCAAUAUCUGUAUACGAUUUGCUAGCUGUAUUAUGCCCUAAGGGCCCUCUGAGGAUGCUGGUGGAAACUGCCCAGGAAAGAAACGAGCCUAUAUUUCCAGCAUUAAUAUAUUCCUCUGCCAUGAUGUGGACGGUAGGAAUGGCAGAUUCAGACUCAGAUCGAGGAAUAGAUCAACAUGCAGAGGAAAGAUCACAAAAUGCCAACCAUACGUCAGAAGCCGAAGAAGAAACUAGUGAGACCCUAAUUCAAACACCCAGCCGCCGAACUGCACCUUCUGAUGACGAAGAGGAGAGGGGAGUAAAGCUCGGCCUUGGGGACUUCAUUUUCUACAGCGUACUAGUGGGAAAAGCUGCAGCAACAGCUAGCGGAGACUGGAAUACCACACUUGCCUGCUUUGUUGCUAUUCUAAUAGGACUAUGUCUGACCCUUUUACUACUGGCAGUUUUCAAGAAAGCACUACCCGCACUACCAAUUUCUAUCACAUUUGGCUUGGUAUUUUAUUUCUCUACAGAUAACAUUGUACGGCCUUUUAUGGACACCUUGGCCUCACAUCAGAUGUAUAUAUAGCAGAGUGAUUUUUCCGAAUAGACAUUUUUUUGGAACCUGUGACCAGUAUGUGUACAUAUGUGCUUUUACCUUUAGUGCCAUAUAUAUAUAUAUUAAUAUAUAAAAAUAGCAGGGAUAGUGUGCACAACACAUGGUAUUCGUAGGAACAAAACCAAAGUUUUAAUUUGGUGUAUCUUUAUAGAAGAACAUAAAUGAGCUGUGUUUACAGAACAAGAAACCUUACAAGAGAUUAAUUUACAUCUGCAAUAAAUCUAAACUGCACAGUUUGCUUAACGGCCAGUAUCCCAAGUGAUCUAAUGUGUGUAGAUGUACGUGUAGCAGAAGCACAAAACAUAAAAACUUUCUUGUAAGGUG